GCUGACAAUGUACUUAUAGAGGAAAACUACUAAAGUAAGUGAGGUGGGGGCAGCAUUUCUGUAAAGUAAUAAGAGAUUUAGGAGAACAUGUAGAGUAUUAUACCUGCCAGAGAGGGCACAAGCUGGUGGAUGAAGACCGUUGGAGUGAAUUUCAUGAGCCGAAGGAUGGGAAGAAACAGCUCACAUCUGGCUAACGUGAAUAAAGACUUGCCCAGGCUAGUGCGCUCUCCAUAGUAUGAUCACCAUUUUGGCUCCUUCUGCGGCCUCAUUGGCUUCUUCCUCCCAGUGAAAGAGCUGGCUCUUCCUUCCUUGCUGCUUUGUCUUCCUGCGUCCAUGCCACCCAGCUCACACCUCAUUGGGCUGCAACGCUGUUUUCCUGCCUGCAGGAUGCAGGGUUUUCCCUCAGUUCUCAAGUGGAUUUUUGCAUUCAUAGCUGUUAUUGCUGCUGUUGCUUUUAUUGAUUUGGUCAUUAGAGGCUCUGCAGGUGCUGCUGGCUGCCCGCGUGCUCCUACGCAUGCAGCUGCUGCAACUGGUUCUGGGCAUUGUAAAUGGAGUCCACCCAGCCCUGGCACAGAGCCUGCCCGCUGGCCUGGAACGUGUAGGCCCCCACGCGCUGUGGAGCUCAUUCAGGCUGCCCUCCAACAGCAGCUGACGCGUCUCCUCCGGGGAGGCACCUGGGAUGGGCGCGGUCAGGUCCAGGUGCAGAAAUUCUUUCAGGAGCUUGUCCACCUCGUCGUUGCUACCCUCCACCACCUCGUAGGCGUCCAUGCUGCUCACCACGGCGGCCAGCUGCUGCCGCUCCUGUCGCUGCCGCAUGCACGCGUUCACGUGGUGGAUGAAGUGCUCCACGGAGCUGAUCAUGGUGAUGACGGCCUCCUUGGCACGUGGCUCGUCCCUCUUCCUCAGCACCGACUUGAGCAGCAGCGGGUACUUGUAUUCAUUCAAGAAAAACCAUCAGAACAUCCCCAAACUACAAAAUGUUCCGGAAAAUGGAUUGGAGUAGGAGAUAAGUGUUUCUAUUUUUCUGAAGAUACUAAGAAUUGGACAGCCAGUAAAAUAUUUUGCAGUUCACAGGGAUCAGAACUUGCUCAAAUUGAUACACCUGGAGAUAUGGAAUUUUUGAAGAAGCACACGGGAACAUCUAUGCACUGGAUUGGGUUGAGCAGAAAACAAGGAGAGCCUUGGAAAUGGACAAAUGGCACCACAUUCAAUGCUUGGUUUGAAAUUGAUGGGAAUGGAUUAUUUGCUUUUCUGAAUGGUGAUGGAGUUUACAGUUCAAGGGGAUUUGUUGAUAUCAAGUGGAUUUGCAGCAAACCGAGAUUUUAAUAGAGAAAAAAACUGAGAAAUGACUACCACCAUUUGAGAAUAGACUAGCCCUGGCUGGAUAGCUCAGUUGAUUGGAGCAUUUUCCUGUACACCAAAAGGUUGUGGGUUCAUGCUCAGGACAGAAUGAUGUUUCACUCUCCUUUCUCCUCUCUCUCAAAUCAAUAAGCAGAUCCUCAGGUGAGCAUACAAAAAAUAAAGUGAAAGACUAAAGUUAGUUUUCACUUCUGAGGCUGUGAAAGUGUGGCAGGAUAGGAAGAAGUUAGGGAAAACUCCCAACAAGUAGAAUGAGGAAGCUGGAGGGGCAUCACAGGAGGAUAAGCCUCUCAGUCAUCUCAUCAAAGCCCCCACCUGCAGGCAUGAUCAAAGGGAAACAGUUCAUGUCAGGAAAAACUCCUGAGGUGGUCACAGAAAUCAAAGCUACAACCUGAUCAGUCCAAGAUGAAGGAAGCGUUGACCAGAGAAGAAGAUAAAGGGGGGAUAAAUGGUAAUGGAAGAAAGUUUGCCUUGGGAUGGUAGUCACAAUAUAAUAGAGAUGAUGUACUGUAGAAUUGUAUUCCUGAAUCCUGUAUAAUUUUAUUAAGCAAUACCUGUAGCUGGACAAGUUGUAGCUGGACAAGUGGAAUGAAAAGUUAACUAGAAGAGGACGUUCUGCCAGGAAACAGCGGGAGCCUGCAAGCAGGCCACGUCAGAACAAAGUCUUGCAAGCAAGACUUAUUGUUCAGAGGCAGAACUUUCCUUGACAUGAUAAAUAGUCCAUGAGGGCAUGGAAAGCCAGGGAGGGUGCACUGCUGCAGGUGGAAAGGGUCUUGGUAUAACAUAGGAAAUUAAUAGUGCAAUGUAUAACUUAGCUCAGAUGAUCUCAUAAGCAUGCCCGUUAAUCAUUGUCACUUGCUGUACUCCAUUGUUAUUUGCUGUACUCCCCAAAUAAAAGCCAUGAGAGUUUUUAGGGGCAUUGCUACUUGCCUGAGCGGUAGCCCUCUGCUUCUUCAUA